CUAGAAAGAGAAGUGGCGAGCACUUGAAAAAAAAGAAGAAGAAGACCGUGAAACAGUGGCAACACCGUAGUGCAUGUGUUUUGGGUUGUGUUGUCUUUUGUGAUAUCUACGAUGAUUGUUGUAAAUUGAAGCGGAGAAAGUUUAUUAAAGUUUCGAUGAUGGUAUUGGACCAUAUAAAAACUAGUUAUUUUUCAAAAACACUUGAGAUUUUGUGGAUUGAUAUCCCUUGCAGACGUAAGAAAGCUUCAAACGUACUUGAAGCUUUCGAGGCCGUGUUCAUGGAACUAUGAACCUAGACUCAUUGUCUUUCACUUUGUCACAAAUCAGUUAUUUAGUUGCUACAUUAACUAAAAAAAAUUACAAACAAGCAGUUGGAGAUCUAACGAAGCUUGUAUCUUUGCAUGGUCUGGAGGCGGACCGUCACUUGCUCCAAUGUCUAUUCUCAUCAGUGGACUUCUCAGAGUCUACAUCUAAAAUAUCCACAGUAUCUCCCCAAAACCAAGCUUUAUUAGAGCAGUGCUCCAGUUUGUUGAACAAACCAUCACUACCAACAGCUGUUUGCUACAUCACUGACAACCCCUUGGUGAACCAAAAGACCAUAAAAGUUGGACCCCAGUUCUUCCACCAGUUGAGCAAGUGCCUUCGCCUCUCAGCUGUCCAGGAAGUAGUUUUUGCCUUUGCUCUCUGUCAUUCUUCCAUACCAGAAGUCUCUAACAUCUCCCAGGCUCAUUUGAGAGCUAGUGUACCUGCCCUAGUCCAAUCCUACAUAGACACAGAAGGCAGCAGUAGGCAGCACGAGGGAGGUCUUCACGAAACUACCCCUGAGGUGCUCCACCUGAUUCUUUCAGCUGUCCUCAAGAACCCCAAGGAAGUCGGCCUCACCAGCGACGUUCACUCUACCUUCCUGAAAACUCUGCAAAGGGAUUUUCCUAAGGACCUUGUUCCGGUGGUGCUAGCGCCAUUAGUUUAUCCGGAACAGAGUGAAUUGGCCCCGGAAAUGUCAUCUGAAGGCCCCGGUUUAUCCGGGGGUAUGUUGGAAACGUCGAUGACCGAUCUGGUGAUGGAGAUCGGGUACAGCUUGACCUCAUCAGUAGAAGAAUGCAGGAACAACUUGCUGAAGCUAGGAGGCAGGGAUUUAUCUCCAGGGACUGCAGCUCGAAUUCUGGCUGUUAUGUGCAGGACACACAGUGGCCUAGAGGAUUCUCUGGGCUUGCAGACGCCUGGCUCCUUCAAUAAGAGCUCGGACGGCAGCACCUCCUGGAACUUUGAGGUAUUCAUACAGGCCAUCAAAGAGAUCGUGCCCAACUUCCAGUGGAACAUCAUCGUGGCCGAGCUGGACCAUUCCGAGUUCAUUAUCAAAGACAGACAGGGACUGUGCAUUCUGGUGAAUGCGCUCAGACAGGGACUGCAGACGUUCGGGUUCCACCCUGAGAACUUCCCGAUCGAUCAAUUUUAUAAAAGAUGGCAGAAUGUAGAGGGUCAGUUCAGCCUGAUACAGCACAUCCUGAAAAACCCGGACGUCUUCUGUUUCGCCGACUAUUCCUGCAUUCCCGUAGCAGUGGACGUGCUGAAAACACCGCCGGAGCAGGACGGCAAAGAGCUGGCCAAUUGGCGCUCCUUGCAGCUGGUAGAACUCCUGCUCAAUCUGUCAGAAUGCGGACUUUACACCCACGUCCAGGAACUAUUCAAAGUCCCUGUGCACAGUUGCCCCGACGUCCUGGUGCUAGCUUUGCUGCAAAUCUCCGGCCCAGUAACUCUCCUCCGACAAGAACUCCUCACCAAUCUGAUACCGAUCUUUCUCGGCAAUCAUCCCAACUCGGCCAUCAUUUUGCACCACGCUUGGCACACGCAAAACAUCAACAUCAAGCCGAUCAUAAUGCACGCGAUGGCCGAAUGGUAUGUGAGAGGGGAGUGCGAUCAGGCGAGACUGUCCCGCAUCCUGGACGUGGCUCAGGACCUGAAGGCGCUGUCGAUGCUGCUGAACGCGCAAUCGGCGCAGUCCUAUCCCUUCAUCAUCGAUUUGGCCUGUCUGGCUUCCAGAAGGGAAUACCUGAAACUGGAGAAAUGGCUGUCGGACAAGAUAAACGAGCACGGCGAGGCGUUCGUGAUGGCGUGCAUCAAAUUCCUGCACCGCCGUUGCCCGCAAAUCGCCAAAGACGACGCGCUGACGAAGGCCGUGCCGUUGCCCACCGAAACGUUGACCACGAUGAUCGUGUGUCUGCAACGGUGCGUCAACAACGUCACGCCCGACUGUCAAGAGGCCAUCUUGACGGUGGUGGGCAAUUGUUCGCUGAUUGUCAAAUCGAGACAGCAGCAGCAACAGCAGCAACAACAGCAACAGCAGCAACAGCAGCCGACAAUACUAAGAUCCAGAGGCUUGGACGCCGGCUUGAAUCCUACCGUGUUCGCAGGACAGCUCUAUAAUCCGUCAGCGGUCGAUUCAAUACCGGGGCUGAGCAACAAUUUAGCAAAUAUGAGCUUGGCAGAGGCGUUCGCAGGUCCGACCAGCUCGGCGUUCAACAUCCCAGGCGGCCUAGGCCCACUCGUUCCUUCUCCCGGCUCGCCGUCUCGCAUCAUUAAUGCCGGGGGCGGUGGGGGGCCGUCCAACAGCCCGUUUCCCGUCAUGCCGAUGGCCCAUCAAGGCCCUGUGGGCACCAGUUCGUCGCUGGUGCUCGGAGUCAAUCAGAUGAGCAAUCUUGGCAGAAUGGGGCCCAACCCGUCCAUCGACAAAAGCAGGCUGCCCGAAUACAACUUGUUUCCCGACAUCUCGCCCCAUGUGUCUAAAGAAAUCGAAGACGAGGCGAACAAUUACUUCCAGAGAAUCUACAACCAUCCGCCGAAUCCGACAUUGUCCAUCGACGAGGUGUUGGCAAUGCUCAAACGCUUUCAGGAUUCCCACAACAAAAGAGAAAAAGAGGUUUUUAACUGUAUGUUGAGGAGUCUCUUCGAGGAAUACAAAUUCUUUCCUCAAUACCCCGACAAGGAGUUGCACGUGACUGCCCAAUUGUUCGGCGGCAUCAUCGAAAGGGGUAUCGUGACGUCAUACGUGGCGUUAGGGCUGGCUUUGAGGUUCGUCUUGGAGGCGUUGAAGAAGCCGGAAGGCUCGAAAAUGUACUAUUUCGGCAUUGCUGCCCUGGACAGAUUCAAGAGUCGUCUCAAGGAGUACCACAAGUACUGCGAGCACGUCAGGGCCAUCUCUCAUUUCAGCGAUUUUCCCCAACAUCUACAGGAAUACGUCGAAUACGGUUUGCAAAGUUUGGAACCGCCCCACAAGCCCGACGGGCCAGUUCUACCGGCCAGUUUGGCCGCCAUGCUGGCGACGCCCGUCGUCGCGUCUAACGCUUACAAGGCUAGCGCCGCGACGGUGGCAGCUACGUCGGUGCCGCCCACCAAAGUGGCCGCCCCCGCUGCCGCUAACACGAUGGGCAGCCGUCCGUCCAUAGCCAACGCGACAAAUAUCGAUACGUUGCUGGUCGCCACUGAGAAGGAUGACAAGGUGAUAGCUCCUCCCGAACAGCUCCAAGACAAGAUGGCGUUCAUAUUCAACAACUUGAGCCAGCUGAAUCUGAAGCAGAAAUGCGACGAACUGAAAGAACUAGUUUCUGAAGACUACAAUCCCUGGCUGGCUCAGUACCUCGUCAUGAAGCGUGCUUCCAUCGAAUUCAAUUUCCACGCUUUGUACUCGAAUUUCCUCGACACUCUCGGAAGCAACGAUCUGCUGAAAUAUGUUACUAGAGAAACGUUCAGGAAUAUAAGGGUGCUGCUGAGAUCAGACAAAGCGAUCGCCAAUUUUUCUGACAGAUCGCUGCUGAAGAACCUCGGCCAUUGGCUGGGGAUGCUGACGUUAUCGCGCAGCAAACCGAUACUGCAAAUCGAUCUCGAUCUCAAAUCUCUGCUGGUGGAGGCCUACCACAAGGGUCAGCAGGAGUUGCUCUACGUCGUACCUUUCGUUGCCAAGGUGUUGGAAUCGUGCGCCAAAAGCAAGCAGGUCUUCAAGCCGCCCAACCCUUGGACGAUAGCCAUAAUGAACGUCCUUGCCGAGUUGCAUUCGGAAACCGACCUCAAACUCACUUUGAAAUUUGAGAUCGAAGUGCUGUGCAAGCACCUCGACAUCGAUGUCGCUCAGCUGAAGCCGUCCGUCUACCUCAAAGACCCCGAACGGAUCAGGAAAAUCGAGUAUCAGCUGUCUCAGCCGGUGAAAAAGGAGCUGCCCACGAUGCAGACGGUGGGCAAUCCGGGCGGCAAUUUGACAGAUCAGGAACUGGCGAAUAUCAUGCCUAGUCAGCAGACCAGCUCGCCCAUAGUGCAGAACAACAGCACUACGCCUACUUCUGCUCUGAGCGCUCCUCCUGAACCUAGGUUCAGCUACUCGGACAUACAGAUCGCCGGCAUGCAAGCCUUCCAAUCGCACACAGUGGUCUCCCCUUCGAUUUUGUUGUUUCAAUCGCAGCCACAAUUGAAAGCGUUGGUGAGGAGCUCUAUCGAACGCGCUGUUCAAGAAUGGAUCGCUCCAGUUGUCGAUAGGUCCAUCAAGAUCGCUCUUCAGACGUGCGAGCAGAUCAUCCGCAAAGAUUUCGCAUUGGACCCGGACGAGAACCGGAUGCGACUGGCUGCGCAUUACAUGGUGCGCAAUCUCACAGCCGGCAUGGCUAUGAUCACGUGCAGGGAGCAGCUGUUGACGGCCAUCAAUACACACCUGAAACAGGCCCUGUUGACCAAUUUGGUGUCGCCCACCAAUCAACAGAAAGAUAUGAUCGAACAGGCCGCCAGCGUUAUUGCAAACGACAAUAUGGAGCUGGCUUGCGCUUUUGUGCAGAAAACUGCAGUGGAAAAAGCUAUACCGGAAAUCGAUAAAAGGUUGAUGAGCGAGUAUGAGUUGAGGAAGAUGGCUAGGCAGGAAGGGAGACGUUAUUGUGAUGCUAUAGCCUUAACAUAUCAAGCAGAACGGAUGCCCGAGCAGAUCAGACUCAAAGUGGGAGGCAUCUCUAAUAGUCAGAUGGCCGUUUUUGAAGAAUUCGCCCGAAAUAUUCCCGGUUUUUUACCCAACGAAAGGGAUGCGACAAUCCUUAUGCAGAAACAGAACAUGACCCCGAUCGAACCCCAGUCGCACUCGGCCACCCCUUUUUCCGUCCCCCAGACCGGCCUCGCCACCGACGAUCUGACGCUGCUCUACGAGAAGCUGGUCGUCGAGGUGGAGCAGUUCGUGCAGCUGACCUCUGCGCAGGCGCCGUACGCGCACAUCAACGCCAACAUGCUGGUGCUCAGAGAUUGUCUGAUGCACAUGCUGAGGAACAGGGAUCUGGCACCUCCUCAGGCCAUCGUACAAAAGUGCGUGGAGAGCCUUCAAGACUGCCUGGUGCCGACCUUGAGCGACACCGAUCCUGUCGUCCUGCGCUUCAAGGACGCGAUCGUUCGCAUCCUGAAAACCAUGCAGGACCCUCGCGUCUACGGCCAACAGUGGACCAACAAGCUGGUCACCCGGUACCUGACCGAUUGCAGGGACGAACAACAACGCUACAACCUCGACGCCGUCGACGCGCUUAUCAAGUCCGGCCUGGUGAACGUGCCCCAGUACGACCUGGCGCUGGCCCAGUGCAUGGAGAACGGCGUCAACUACAUGGGCGUCAGCUUCUCGAUGCAGCUGGUCCAGCUCUAUCUGAUCGACGACAGAUCGGGCCAGUUCGUCACCGAGAGCGAUCUGUGCAACACGAUCGAGAUGCUGGCCAAGAUCCAGACGCACACUCGGCAGCCGCCCGAAGGUCUUGGGAAUAUCAUCGACAUUUUGAGGCAGAAUGAGCCGAGCUCGUUUUUCGGCGAUAGGGCUCCGAUGGGACCGACGGUGCACAUACAUAACGGGAUUUUGCAGGUCAGAGCCCCGAACUAUGAAGACCCGCCCGGCCUGGUCGAAAAAACCGACCAACUCCUGCGCGACUGGAUCACCAUCUACCAUUCGCAACAGCAGGGCCGCGACUCGACCAAAGCGUUCAGCAUGUUCGUCCACCAGAUGAACGUCUACGGCAUCCUCAAGACCGACGAUCUCAUCACGCGGUUCUUCCGGCUGUCGACGCAACUGUGCGUCGAGACGGUGUACAGGAUACUGGCGGAGAAGGGCAAUCCGAACGCGUCGCUUUUAAGGCCCAAAUGUUAUCACACGUUGGACGCCUUUGUCAGACUGGUUGCUUUAUUGGUGAAGCAUUCCGGAGAUGCGAACAAUACGACGACCAAGAUUCAUUUGUUGAACAAAGUUCUAGGAAUCGUGGCCGGUUGUCUUCUGCAAGACCACGACACCCGCACCACCGACUUCCAACAGCUGCCCUACCAGCGCAUCUUCACCAUGCUCUUCUUGGAACUGAACGCUCCCGAACCUGUCUUGGAGGCCAUCAACUUCCACGUGCUCACCGCCUACUGUCACACCUUGCACAUCCUGCGCCCCUCCAAGGCGGCCGGCUUCUGCUACGCCUGGCUGGAAUUGGUGUCGCACAGGGUGUUCAUGGGCCGGAUGCUGGCCAGCAGUCCGCAGCAAAAGUGCUGGCCGCUGUACGCGCAGCUGCUGAUCGAUCUGUUCAAGUAUUUGGCGCCGUUCCUGAGGAACGCCGAAUUGGCCAAACCUGUCACUAUGCUCUACAAGGGCACUUUGAGGGUGCUGCUGGUUCUCUUGCACGACUUUCCCGAGUUCCUCUGCGACUACCACUACGGCUUCUGUGACGUCAUACCGCCCAAUUGCAUCCAGAUGCGCAACCUCAUCCUGUCGGCCUUUCCACGGAACAUGCGCCUUCCGGAUCCGUUCACGCCCAAUCUCAAGGUCGACAUGUUGCAAGAGAUCACCUACGGGCCGCGCAUACUCACCAACGUGUCGUUGAUGAUCACGCCUGCGCAAUUCAAGAAGGAUCUGGACUCGUACUUGAAGGCCCGGGCGCCUGUGACUUUCUUGUCGGAGUUGCGGAGCAAUUUGCAGGUGUCUAACGAGCCGGGGGUGCGUUACAAUAUUCCCUUGAUGAACGCCCUCGUUCUCUACGUGGGCACCCAAGCGAUAGCCUACAUCCGCAACAAGAGCCACCAGCCCAAUAUGUCGACGAUAGCGCACAGCGCCCACAUGGACAUCUUCCAGAACUUGGCAGUCGAUUUGGACACCGAAGGCAGAUACCUGUUUCUAAAUGCGAUCGCUAACCAGCUGCGAUACCCAAAUAGCCACACGCACUAUUUCUCGUGCACUUUGCUCUACCUGUUCGCCGAGGCCAAUACCGAGGCCAUCCAGGAACAGAUCACCAGGGUGCUGUUGGAGCGGCUGAUCGUGAACAGGCCGCACCCUUGGGGGUUGCUUAUCACCUUCAUCGAGCUGAUCAAGAAUCCGACGUACCGGUUUUGGCAGCACGAGUUCGUCCAUUGCGCACCGGAAAUCGAAAAAUUGUUCGAGUCGGUAGCAAGAUCUUGUAUGGUAAAGUCAACGGUACAAGCACAAGAUAAUGAGAUACAAGAGUGAUGAAACAUUUUUGUGAAUUGUACAUAAUGAUAAAUAUAUGAAGAUUUAUUAUGGAGAUGUGAGAAUUUUUAAAUUGAUUUUGAUUCAGGUGCUUAAUUUUGGGAGAAAUGCAUUUUAUUUUAAGGAGCUAAGGUGAUUCUAGCGUGUAGAUAUCGAUUAAAACUGUAAAUUUUUAGGUACUUUUAAGAAAUUUUCGAGUAUUUGUAACUAUAUAUACAUAGGAUGUUGUGUGGAUGUAAUUAAUAAACGGUUUUCAAUGUUUUCAGCAUUAA